AUGCGUAACAAUAACAAUUCCGAUUUUCGAUUAUUCGUCGUGGAAUUAAUUUCGUGUCAAUUGAUCGACAUUGAUGCCACGUUGAAUCCCGAGGAUUUGAACGAAGAUCAAAUAUUUGCUAGCAGAAAAGAAAGAUUCAUUAAAUUCAAUCACAAGGAUAACGAAUUGGUGGUCGAAGUUGGGAUUUCCGUUCCAUUCAUUAACGUUCCACUCAUGACCGGAAGGGAUUUAUUUCAUCAAAAUCAUAAUCCCCAGAUAAAAAUCAACGCUCCCGGAUUGAUUAUCGCGGGUUUGCUCAUGUUCACGUCUUUUGUCGUCGUUCCGACAUUGUUUUCAAAUAAUCCCAACUCGGGUUUUGGAUUUCAAAGAAAAGACGACGACAACGUCAAUCGUUACGCUUUUCUCAACAACAUAGAAAAAGCUCUCGUCAAAAGCGGCAUAGAUUUUCCAUCUUGUUUUCGUAAAUCAAUUUGCUGGAUCAUGACGAAAUCCCCAAAAAAUGAUAAACGGGAAGGAGGAGGAGGAGAAGAGGAGGAAGAAAGCGACGUUGCCAAACAGUGGAUCGAUUACGUUCUCAAGUAA